UCAUCCCAGUCUCUAGAUCUCGACGGAGAAAAGAAAAUGUGACAAUGACAGAUUUUUCAAAGCUAGAUAAACUGACGAGACUAUGAAAACAGACAGGGAUAGAUGACUGUCAACAUGUAAUAUCAAACCGAUUGACCCAUUCGGCUACUGAGUUGUAAUCUGUUGCUCAUUCUUUUAUUUUGACAAAACGUAAACAAACAAAAUGGCAGCUGGGAAGCUUAGCGCUCAGGACAGAAAAGACUUGGAUCGUUUCACCAAGUUUCUCAUUUACAAAAGUUUACAAAUCAUUGUACAGUCAAGGCUUGGAGAAAAGGUGAAGACGACAUCAAAGCCAAUUUCCUCUGGAGCCGACUGGUUCAAUGUUGCCAUUGUGGACAUGGCAGAAGUUCAGGUGGAAGCCAAGAAGGCGUUGUCGGGUCAGGUGCUGAGCAUGGGUCAGUAUGUUUGUCUGGAGACCUCCCUGAAGACAGCAGAGGGUGACACUAUGGUUCUGGAGACAUGGUUUAUUGAGAUGUCAGACCAGAAUGACCCAGGGGCGCGUAUCUCCUACACAGUUUAUAACCGAAUGGGAAUUGCCCUCAAAUCUUUGUACACGGUGGCCAGAGCAACGCCAGCCUAUAAACUCUCACGCAGACAAGGAGCAGAUAACUAUGUUAUAUGUUACCGAGUGUAUUGCACAGAGCCUCAGUUCUUCCAACUGGGAGACGGUUAUCAGACGGCAAAGGUUGGCUGUGUGCCUACUCCAGCCGGGACUAUAACAAUAAAUGUUGCAUAUCGUGUAAAACUUUUAAUAUCUCCUCAGAAAAGUAGCAAAGAAGUUCCAUUUGAUGUGAAAGAUGACCAUUUUAAACCGGACACAAGCCCUAAAAGACCAACCACGCCCAAGCCUUGUCGAUUGGGCUACAGAAGGGAAAGCACUGCUGAGGAGGCAUGUUGUCUUGAUGGACAGGAAGUUUGUUCGACCACCUUUUCCACCAGCCCACCAGAUUUUGCGAGGACAGCGUUCUUGGCCAAUGGUAACAUUCCUCAGUCUCAGCCUAUCCAGAUAAAUAAGCGGCUUCCUAGUGACAGCAGACCAGACGAAUUCAGACCUCAAAGUACUCCAGAAAAGACCCAUUCUUUCCCAAACCUACAAAGAGUGGGCGCAUUUGCCCAGCAGAGGGCUACGCGGGACAUCAGAACAGAUUUAGAAGACGUGCCCUUCUGUAAUCUACUGCAGCAGCAGCCUGGCCGUGUGGAUACCCCACUACAGACAUCAGGGGGCAAACUACAGACGAGCAAGAAGUCCCUGAGUGCAGACAACAUGGACAACAUUGGCACUUCCUCUGGGAGCGCAAGUGGCUCGAAUAAGAGUGCAAGUAGUGUUAGCAUGGCCUCAGCCCCUGAGGACUUUGUCAUGGUGGAACUGAAAACUCCAUUUGCUGGGACAGACACGAACAGUGACUUGAACAAGUUUUACCGGGAGUGUCAGGGUGCUCCAACUCUGACGAUGUUUGAAGAAGAAGGCGAUGUGAAUCAGACAUUGAAUGAGAUAACAGACCAGCUGGCCAGGUUUGAAUCCAGCAUGAAUGACUUUGACCUGUUUGUGUCAUCUCUGCAUGAAUCGGAAUGACAGAGAACAUAAAUAUAUAGUUCAAUUAACUGUGAAUAUCAGCUGCUCCAGGCCUUUGUGUUUAACAUGAGAAAUCUCCAGUGUUAUAGUCAAGGCUCUUUCCCCCGUCAUUAAUAGAGGACAGGUGUAUUGAGGAGCCGAUGCAAAUUGUAAUUAAACAGUAGAGGAAACUUUCCUAUCAUCUGCCAGAGGGAAGGUCUUCCUGUGUAUAUAGAUCACAUUGAUGGUAAUCUAAUGUAUUGUGUGAUAUUGCCCAAAAGGUGUAUUUUGUGUGCAACAUGUGAAAUCUGAGCUCAUCAGGGUACAUGCCCUUUUACUGCCACACAUUUUAGUUUGUUUGGAAAAAUUGUUGGUGUGCCAUAUAUCUUCCACGUAUUUAUCGUGAAUUUUAAACUCUGUUAGAGGUGCCAGCUGAAGUUAUCUUCAGCCGGUUGAUGUUUGAACAGUCACAAAUUUAUGAUCUGUGGCAUGCAGGUUCUGUCCAGUGUCAAGAGUUAAUACAAGGAUAGUACAUUCAGAGAAAAUACUAAAUGAAUUCCUUGGUUGUCAGUGUGCUGUGAAGGACCAAUGAUCACUGUUAAUCCUUUACCCAUCCUAAAACUUUACCUGUUCUAGGUCAGAUGAAAUUUAGACAUCUUCACGUGUAAUUAUGGAGAUAAAAUUAAAAUUGUCUCCUUUGUCCAAAUCUGGGCUUUUCAAAGAUACUGUACUUUUAUUGGCAUAAAUGUAACAAAUUCCUGAAAUGCGAAUGACAAAAGCGCAUGGUUGGAAAUUACGCGUAAAGUAUCUUAAACAUCAAUGGAAUGAGUACAUGUAAGUGCCGUCUGAUCACAUUUAUGACCUCCUAUGAGCCUUAUUAUUACUGAAAUACUUUCUUGAUGUAAGACUUUGUAAAAGUAGACUUUUUGAUAGAGAUACUUUGGUUUCUGUGGGUUUUUUUUUUCUUUCAUGAUAAAGAUUGAUAAUCGAUAGUUGGAUGUCAGGUUGUCAGGGUUAAUUUUCGAAAAUGGUUGAAAUUAUAUCAGAUUUCUUGCUUUGUGAGUAUAUUUGUGGGAGUCAUUUGAGUGGCCUUCAGUUUUCAAAUUCUACUUUAUCUUGAACUUUGACUGUAGAGAAAAACAAGAAAGUGUAUUAAAGACAGUUUUGUUACAUAGAUAUUGGUCAUUAUAAUUAACCACUCUCUGUUUUUUUAUCACAUGUAGAAUUCAAGGUCAGUUACACUAGAGCAUGACUUCUGUCGAUUUUUUCAUGAUUUUGUGUGUUUCCGACUUAUCACAAAUAUUGCUGUCUAUUUUGACCAUAAAUUGUGCAUGUAUUCUGAAUGUACAAAAUUAAAAUUCAGAACACAAAAACUAUUUUUGUAUUGCUUGGUCAAAGCCUAUACAAUAUCUCCGAGAAUAAGUUGUACAUAUAUUGAUGUUGUAGAAAUAUAUAUGUACAGAAAAUGAACUGUCCAGGUAUAGUCAAGUGUUUUUGAAACGCCUCAUUUUUGUUUUGCACAGCUGGAAAUCAUUUGUAAUUGAUAGUUAUCUGGGCUGGAAAUGAAAUGUAUGUCAUAUUACCUGAAUGAUUGGCAUUCACAAUGUACACAAUGCAUACUUGUGCAUAUACGUAUUUCAGGUAUAUGUACUCAGCAACUGUGUAAUACCUCUCGUGUAUGCUUUCAUCAUUGUACUUGUGUAAAAAUGUCUUCCUGCUACAAAAUGCCUCUCACCAAUGUGGUCACUUUGAGUUCAAGUCCAGCUCAUGCUGGCUUCCUCUUCCUCUUGAGUACGGCGUAAAACACCAAUCAAAUAAAUGAAUAUGAUGCUGGCCAGCAUUAUGGUAGGAGCCUGGGGGAAACCCACAACCAUCUGCAAGUUGCUGGAAGACCUUCCCACGUAAAAGCUUGGUAUAGAUUUGAUCAACAAUCAAAUAAUUGAUUAUAAAUAAAGUAUUGGGAAUGUGUCAUCUGGAAUUUUUGAUUUGCACAGAAUGAAAAUUCAUGUUUAUGUGAGUAUGUAAUGUUAUUUUUCACCUGGUAUGUAUAUAUUUAUAUAUAUAAGUAUGCAAGUGUCAUAUGUAAAUUAUUAUUACAGUGUACAUAAUGGUAUAUAUUUAAAAUGUGUACCUGAGAAUUCAAUCAGUAAGAUUGACAAAUAAAUGAUACCUAUAGAAUUUUGUAGUUGCGCUCCAGCAUAUUGAGAAUGGAGUCCCAGAAAAAUCUGUUGUUUCUAUUUUCAGUUUGUUAACAGCGUACAGUUUGUACACUUGUUGAAUGAACACUACUUACAGGCCAAGUUUAUGAUACUGUAUUUGACCUAUAAUUUGGCGUACAAAGUUUGCCUUUAUUGUUCUGAGAGUUCUAGUGAUAUUAGAACUACAGUGUAGCACAGCACCAAAAAUCAUAGCUCAUGACCCUUGCAUGUGAUUUAAAGGCAAAGAACACACUAGCAUGAAAUACAUGUCAGAUGAUAGGCCAUCAAAUAUUGUUUGGGAAAUUAGCUUGAUUUACUGUUUUUGUUUUUUUUCAGAAUAUUUUAUUGACCUAGUGAAAUACAUUUAAAACGUUGGAUUCUACUGUGGUCUUGUCUGACCACAAUGGGAUGAGUGAUAUCACUUUAGCUUUUUGCUACUUGACACACAUAGAUUGCAUCAUUCAGAAUUUAUGCUCAUUUAGAGCUAUGGAUGCAUUCAACAAAUGGACCUUAAAACGACUCAAAAACGUUGCUGUGGCAUAACUGAUACCCUCUGGGUCCAACCAACCACCAUGGAACCCUAUGUUUUAAAUGCAUUUUUUGUUGGUUGGAAAAAUUUUUUAAAAAUGAAUCAAGCUGUUUUCCUUGACAUUGUUUAAUGGUCUCUCGUCUGAUAAAUACUUUAUGUUAGUGUUUUCUUUGUGCACUAUUGGGGUGUACCCAGUUUCUUUGUGCCAUUUGUGAGUCACUAUUGUCCUCAUCUGCUAUUGGAGGGUUUGAACUCCUCCUACAACUAGUUACAGGAACUUGACUGUAGUGUCAUUCUGGCAAAAUUACUGAUCAAAGAUUUAUAUUUAUAAUGUUUUUAUUCGUAACCAAAACACAGAAGCCAACUAAAUGCAUUAUAAGUAAAUUGUAGGUUUAUUUCUGUGGUUUGCAACAAAAUACAAGAGAAAUGCAGGGAUUGUUUUGUUUAAUGUAAGGAUAUUUUGUAAUAUUUCUGUCCAUGAUCAGUUCAUUAUGAGUGCCAAUAUAUGCAUGAAUGUGUUAAAUACAUGGUGAUGAAAUGUGGAUAUACUCAUUAGCUACUGGUACAUACAUAUAGCACAAUAUAAACAAUAUAUACAUGUAACACAGUGUCACAUAGUGUUGUCAUAGUAUCAAGUACUACCCAGAAAAUAAACAUACUAUUGAGCCAAUUUUCCCGAGUUCAUGCAGAUUACAAUUGCCUUAUAUUACAUGCAGUUACAUGGAGUUGUGGUCUGUUUAUUAACAGGGCAAAAUCAACAUGUCUUUGGUAGAAUAUACUUGGACAAAUGUGUUAAGUUUGCCAGCAAUGCUACUAACAAGACCUGUCAUGUUUAGUGUUUAGUAGUUGUUUUGCACAUGACUGGUGCCAAAGUCACACAUCACCUACUGGUUUCUUUAUAAAAUCAGCAAAUGUUCUCAUACAUGUUUCAAAUGUAUGUUUAAGUUGAACAAACAGAUACAGUGUUCACACCGUGAAAGAUACAUGUAAGAACACUUUCUGUAUGCUGAUGUCACCUUAUGAAAAAGACCCAUGUUUUAUAAAUACAAGUGCCACACAGCUAACAGGUUAUUGUCAGCCAGGUAGCUUAAUGUUAUUGCUAAUCCUGAAAUACUGACAUCAACAUAAUUAUAUGCACAUGUUCAGGUAUCAGCAGACUGACCAUGCAGACUCAGCAAAUGGAACAAGCUAAUUAUUAUAAGUCCUGGGGCCAGUUUCAGGAAGCUUACUUAGUGUUAAGUUACCCUUAGCUAAACACACUAUAUCUCUGCAACAUACAUAUACGUUGCCAUGGUAAUUAAGGGCUAACUUAGCUUAGUGAGCUUCAUGAACCUGGGCAGGCUUAUCCACCAAUGAUGUAUUAAAAGGGCAUGAUUAAUUAGGCAUUAAAACUAUUUAAGGCUGUGUAUUUAAUCAUUUGAAAAUUGUAUUUGUUUUUGGUCUGUUUACCAUUGCUUCAGCUGUUUGUACACAAUAAUUAAGCAAUUUUGUGGCAAUGUUGUGAUUGUGCUGGCAAUGUUGUGAUCAUGUUGGCAAUGUUGUGAUCAUAUUUAUGUGGGUGGCUCUGAAUGUCUCAAAUGUGAACCCUCAGUGGCAGUCAAUUCUGCCAGCAUCAUGUUUGAAUUUUAAUAAACAGUUGUAUGAUUACCCUA